AUGGCGGAAAGGGGGAGUGGGAAUGUAGAAAAUAUCUGCUUAAGCGAUGCAGUUCCUGGACGAGUAAAACAAAAAUGGUGUAAACCAUGUUUAAGUAAGGAUACACAAACAGAAGCUGAUGUGUUCUGUUCAACAUGUGACGAGUUUCAGUGUACAGAAUGUUCAAACGUACAUACAACGCACGCUUUCUUGAGAAAUCACAAGCUAGUGAAUGCAAAAGAAUUGAAAACGAUACCAGUCUCCGUUAAUAUGAACGGAUUAGAUCAAUGUGAUGAGCAUCAGGAAGUAUUAAAAUUCUUCUGUGAAGAUGAGAAUCAGCUAUGUUGCAGUACCUGUGCUAUUGUGGAUCACCGGAAAUGCCACAGUGUUGUAGAAAUUCAGAAGAUUGCCGGAAGGUUUACAUUAGGACGUUCCAGCAUACAGGCCAGACUGCUGGAAGUAAGAGAGAAAGCUAAAAAUGCCGUUGAAAAUACCAAGUCAUCAAUAGAGCAACUAGAUCAAGGUGUAAAUGCGAUAUCGUUAAAAAUAAGACGCAUGCAAGAUGAUGUGAAUAAAAUGUUUGAAGAUUUGAAAGUUUCCGUUGCUAAAGACACUAAAUUAUUUAAAACAGAAACACUCGAUACACUGGCAAGGAAACAAUCAAACAGUGAGAAAAAUCUUGUUGAUGCAAGAAAUUCUCUAGAAACAAUUGGUAGCGUUCAUCAGAACGGGACACCAUCACAACAGUUUAUCAUGGAACAGAAAAUGAGGAAGAAAGCCGAUGAACUUAGCUCCAACGUUGACAAGGAAUGUCAAAAAUUAGAGUCCAUGACCAUUUUGUUUGAUUUUGAUGAAUGUUUUAAACUUCCCCCGCUUCCGAUUUCUGAAUACGUUCCGGGACAACUGACAUUAAAAUACUCCAUACCAGAAGCUAUAAAACCUAUAACACGUGUAGAACCGAUUGUUAUGUUUACGAAGAAAACUUCCAUUGAUCUGGAGCAGACUGGAGAUGAUGUCAAGGAACCGUUAUACACAGGCCUGGAUUUCCUGCCAGAUGGUAGACUGGUUGCCGUGGAUAAUAAAAACAUGAAAUGCUUGAUUUACAAUGAGAAGCUUGAACAAUUAGGAUCAUUUCAGUUAUCGUAUCAUCCACAGAGUGUUGUUGUUGUAUCUGAGGAGGAAGUGGCGAUAUUAAGUGCCAACCCUUGCAAGAUAGACUUUCUACGUGUCAAAAAAUCAAAUGAUAUUACUUUGAUAAGGACAUGUCAAGUUAAGAGAAUGUGUAAUUCUAUAUGUCUGAAAGAUGAUAGAAACUUUGUUGUUGGAACUUUCGAUGAUAUAAGACCUGUUCGUAUUGUAUCAAUGUUAGGAGAAGAGAAAGAUUUCAGUAUCAACUUUUCAAACAAGAAAUAUCCUAUAGGUACUAGUGCCUGUACAUAUAUUAGGAACCGUGACAAAGUGGUUCUAACCGAUAGAUACGAGCAUGCUGUAUACAUAUAUGACAUCAAGAGCAAGAGCAGCACCAGAGUUGUUGUCAAGGACGACCAGAUCAACGAACCAUGCGGAGUAGCAGUAGGUCCGUCUGACUGUAUCCUGGUUUGCUGUAGUAUAACGAAUUCCAUUGUACAGAUCUCUCAAACAGGUCAGGUCCUAUCAUCGUACAAGUUAGAUGUGAAACUCCCCUACAGAGUCUGUGUUUCAAAGGACAAUUCAAUUGUUGCCAACACAAAUUACGCUAAAGGUGAAAGAAAGUUGCAGUUGUUCAAAGUAAAAUAUUAA